GAUUGAUAUUGCCCAAUGGAGAUAUCAAUUGGAAUUGCCCGUGUCUGGGUGGAAUGGCUAGCGGUCCCUGUGGGGAACAGUUCAAGUCAGCCUUUUCUUGUUUCCACUAUAGCACAGAAGAAAUAAAGGGAUCAGACUGUGUGGACCAAUUCCGUGCCAUUCAGGAAUGCAUGCAAAAAUACCCAGAUCUUUACCCUCAAGAGGAUGAAAAUGAAGAAAAAGAGAAGUCAAGCAAAGAUUUGGAAGCUACUUCUAUGGAGGCUUCUGUUGCCAAAGGGGAGAAGGGAUCUAGCUAA